CCUCACAAUUUUUUUUCUCUCUUCUUCUCUUCUCUUGGGCAACUGGAGAGCGAAUCGUUAGCUACGAAAGCCUCGUUCCUUCUCGAAUUUCACCGGUUGCCCCCAAACCGAUCAACGUGAACGCAUUUUUUGCCGUAUCAUUCCUGUCGAAUCCCGCGGCGUCAAAAUCACAGCCCCCGCACUCGAUCUAAAACACUCCGUAGAGGAGCAACGAGGGGAAAAGAAAAGAAAAAUGGUCGAAAAGAUCUACGUGACGUACAAUCAGGUGCACAAGCUGUGCCAGGAGGCCGCCGAUAAGAUCCUCAAUGAAUUCAAGCCGCACCUUAUGGUCGCCAUCGGUGGCGGCGGAUACGUGCCGGCGCGUAUCUUGAGGUCGUUUCUCAAGAAGCCCGGGUCGCCCAACAUUUCGAUCCAAGCCAUCGGUCUCUCCCUGUACGAGUCUCUCGGCACCGACCCCGUCGAGGUGCCGGGCACCAAGGUCACCCGCACUCAGUGGCUCGAUCUGACGAGCCUGCACAUGGGCAACCUGAUCGGCAAGAACAUCCUGAUCGUGGACGAGGUCGACGACACGAGGACGACGUUGGAAUACGCCGUCCGCGAGCUGGAAAAGGACGUCAAGGAGCAGGCCGCGCGCGAGGGCCGCGAGGGCGAAAAGACGACCUUCAGCAUCUUCGUCCUGCACAACAAGGACAAGGUCAAGAAGGGAAAGCUGCCGGACGAGAUGAUGAGCAGCGGGCGAUACCUGGCCGCGCAGACGGUCGGCGACGUCUGGAUCAACUAUCCGUGGGAAGCUACGGAUAUUGACGAGCACGACAAGAACGCGGCUCUCCAGGAGCAGCAGAAGAAGCAGCAGCAGCAACAGUCGUAAUACUAGUAUUGGUGAUAGCAGCCGGCGUGAUGGGCGAACGAGGUCACGACGAGGUACGAUUUAGAACCGAUAGACGGCCGAAUGAAACGGGCGCAUGCAAAAGGACAAAAAUAUGAGCCAAGAUACUAACUAUGUACUCACUUUUUUUUUCCAAAGAAAAAAAAGUUGAACAAGAAAAGAAGAAGAGAAAAAUUAAAAGCAGCUUACACCCGACGAAGACAGUUGUGCCGAUUCUCAAUUGUCGAUCUACCUUUUACCCGUUUUUUCCUUUUCUUUUUCUUUCUGCCCCAUCACAGCGACGCCUUCCCCUUCACCUUCAGAUGCUCGAUGCAGAACUCAAUCGC